UCUGCUGGUGAGUGCGCGCGCGUAAUUAUGCGCGCAUGUGUGCGUGCGUAUCUGUGUGUGUGUUCGGUUAUUUUCCGGGUUGUGCUCGGUCUGUGUCGGCGGUGGUUGUCGUGCUGCAGCUGCCAGCUGACACUUCCACUGAGGAGGGGAGGUCAAACAGUUUCUCUGCCCGGACAGACGGUGUCAGAGGCGGCUAACUAGCGCAUCAUCAUCCCCAUCAUUAUCAUUAUGGCGGAUCAAGGCGAACCUCCGGCUCCCACCGUCCACCAUCCGCAGCCCGCGGUGACAACCGGCUGGCCAAUUACCAGGGAGUCGUACGAACUGCAGGAAGUCAUAGGCAGCGGGGCCACAGCUGUGGUGCAGGCCGCCCUCUGUACCCCCAGACAAGAGCGCGUGGCCAUAAAGAGAAUCAACCUGGAAAAAUGCCAGACCAGCAUGGACGAGCUGUUGAAAGAAAUUCUCGCCAUGAGCCAGUGCAGUCAUCCAAACAUCGUCUCCUACUACACCUCGUUUGUCGUGAAGGAUGAACUUUGGCUGGUCAUGAAGCUCCUGAGUGGAGGCUCCAUGCUGGACAUAAUUAAACAUGCGAGCAAAGACGAUGACAAAAAUCGAUAUUUAGACGAGCCCAUCCUUGCUACAAUAUUAAAAGAAGUUCUGGAGAGUUUGGAUUAUCUCCAUCGAAACGGACAAAUUCACAGGGAUGUGAAAGCUGGGAACAUACUGCUGGGAGAAGAUGGGUCUGUUCAGAUUGCAGAUUUUGGGGUAAGUGCAUUCCUAGCAACAGGGGGUGACAUGACCAGGAACAAAGUUCGAAAGACCUUCGUUGGCACUCCUUGCUGGAUGGCUCCAGAGGUGAUGGAGCAGGUUCGAGGCUAUGAUUUCAAAGCAGAUAUAUGGAGUUUUGGAAUCACAGCCAUAGAGUUAGCAACAGGAUCUGCACCCUAUCAUUGCUACCCCCCCAUGAAGGUCUUAAUGCUUACCCUGCAGAAUGAUCCACCCACUCUAGAGACGGGCGUUGAAGACAAAGAAUUGCUCAAAAAAUAUGGAAAGUCGUUUCGGAAGUUAAUAUCAAUGUGCCUUCAGAAGGAUCCCGCCAAAAGACCCACAGCCGCAGAGCUUUUGAAGUGUAAAUUCUUCCAAAAGGCCAAGAACAAAGAAUAUCUUAUUGAAAAGCUUUUGGCAUGUGCACCAAAGAUUUCUCAGAGAGCAAAGAAGGUGAGGAGAGUUCCAGGCUCCAGUGGCCACCUGCACAAGACGGAGGAUGGAGACUGGGAGUGGAGCGACGACGAGCUCGAUGAAGGCAGCGAGGAGGGGAAGGCGGCGGUGAAUCAGGGCAGGUCCCGAAGGCUCAAAUAUGAGGCCAAAAAUAAUGAGGAAGAUGCCAACAAUGUCCCUACAGAAGGCUUGUCUGUUCAGCAUCCCCAGGUGGAGCCGUAUGAAAAUACACAAUUCAUUCAGGGUGCUGUGAACAUGGUACUGCGACUACGGAACUCCAAAAAGGAGCUAAAUGACAUCCGGUUUGAGUUCACCCCAGGGCGAGAUACAGCUGACGGCGUCUCCCAGGAACUCUUCUCAGCUGGUCUGGUCAAUGGGCUUGAUGUCGUAAUUGUUGCUGCUAACCUUCAGAAGAUUGUAGAUGACCCAAUAUCCUUUAAAGUAUUGACCUUUAAGCUGGCUUCCUGCUGCGAUGACACGGAGAUCCCAGAUGAGGUGAAGCUGAUCGGUUUUGCACAGCUAAGCGUUAGCUGAUGCUCCCUUCAUGCUUGAAGUAGGUGAGACAGUUCAGGGCGGACAGACUGAGGAACACACCACCACAACCACUUCCUGCAGGAUCUUUUCCCCAAUUCACUCCUCCCUCCCUCCCUUUCACCUUUCCUGAGACUGAACUCUGCCACCUACACCUCCUUAGCAUUGACUUUUCUGCUCACUGUCCCUCGACCUUUGACCUUAACAUUCCAGCACGCACACCAGGAUCAGGACACAAGCCCAAGGAACCAAAAGAUGUACUCAGGCGGUGAAAGGAAAUACAAAUGUAGCUUUGAAUGUUUAAUUUAUUUAGUUUUACAUCACAUUACUGCUGUCUUCAGCAGCAGUCUCAUUAUUUAUUAAAAUGAGAAGAUAUUUUUGUUUUUUUUCCUUCUUGCACUGUUUUGUUGCCACUGUGGAAACAAAUUUGCUUUGUCUCACAGCUCCCAAACCCACUCACUUGUGAAGUUUCCCUGAAGUCUGUGUCAGAAUGUACAACUUAGUUAAUUUGUGAGAUGAAGCACAUUUUUUAUAGUAAUAUAAUGAAUGUCUGAAAAGACAAUAAAUUGUUUUAUGUGUCAAAAUCUGUUUCACAUGAAGAAAAACUGAAGCAUUUGGUUGAGAAAUAAGCGAGACCUGGAUGCUACUGUGUAUAAUUUGUCGCUCUUAUCGGUGUUGAUGCUUCAGAAAUGCUGCAGGUGCCUUGUUCAUUUUUCUGUGCCUAAGAAGGCUAUCAGUGAGCGAGACCACAUUGAAAGAACCCGCUGAUCGCCAUUUCAACAAAAUAUUCCUCCAACAUCAGCUCAGUUCUUGUGAAGCGUCUUAAUGAGGCAAGCUAAAAUGCACUUUUUGUGGACUGAGCACGUGCAGAUGCUCAGCCCGUGGAGACGAGUUCUUUAUUGUGCUUUUUUCGUCAGAGAAACAUUAUAAAACAUUCACUGUAAAAUCUAAUUUGUUGACUUCACUUGAAAAAAACCAUGCAAACUGAUGGCACUUCAUAUUAUAAGUACACGAGAGUAGGUAAUUAUGUCACAGAGCCACUAAUGCUCCCAAAGUAAAAUGCAUUUAAAUGCAAGUUGUCAUAUCUAAGCUAAACCAGUACAUAGUACUUAGAUAUCUGCUUACUGUUUACUGCAGCUUAAGUAUAUACAACUUAGAAAUACAUAUUCAGUUAGAACAUUUCCAUGCAUCUUCCACUGGUUUGUCUUCGUAACUUGCAUUUAAAGCAGGAAUCUGGUGUUUUUUGUCAGGGGCACCAUUUAAAAGUGGAAAAAUGUAAUGCACCUUAAGCCCAUCUCCCUACUUCCGUGAUUAAAGACCAACUUGUCCAUAAGAAUUGUCUGCAUCAGUUCAGGUACAUCUGCAAACACCAAUGACUGUAUUUAGAAUGGGCAAACCCUCCGCACCGUUACCCAUAGGUUUCUGAAGAGCCUAACUGAAACCCAGCGGGCUGUUCCCACCACCACCACCACCACCAUCUUGGCCAUGCCACGCACAAAAAAAGUUGACUUAUUGCCUACAUUAUAUAACAGUACAGGGUAAGACAAUCACUUUUACAGAUUUCUAAAAAAAAAUCAUUCCAGAAAUGAAGAAAUACUAUUUUAAGUGCAUUUUACUUUGUUUGCAUUAGUGGCUCAAAAACAUGAUUACCUUCUUCUGUGUGCUUAUUGUUUUAAGUCUAUAAUCUCUUCUGGUUGCUUCAGGAGCUAAUCCACAAAACCCCAGUACUUACAUUUUUGUUCUCUGAAACAAUUGUUGUUACUUUUGCAUCUAAAUAUGGAAUCAAACUGCCACUCAGCAGUGUGAUGAGCCAUUUGUUGGUGCAAACAAAUCUAGUAGCACUAAAUUAUUAAAAGUACUGAGGUGGUAAAUAUUAACUUCUCUAAAGCGUUUCUACUUUCUGUAGUAACAUGUGUUUUUUAUGUACAUUAUGUGCAUUCUGUAUUACUCAUUCGCUUUCUCUGUAAUCAAUUAAUGUAAAAUUUCUGAUGAAGAGUAGAAAAUAAAUAAAUAUUUAAAAAAAAUUGUGAU